GGCGGGGGGCGGGGCGGGGCGGGCGGCCGGGAGCGGGGCGGCCGAGCCGGGCCGAGCGCGGAGCCGACGGGGCCCGACAUGGGCAACGCCGCCGCCGCCAAGAAGGGCGGGGAGCUGGAGAGCGUGAAGGAGUUUUUGGCCCGGGCCAAGGAGGAUUUUCUCAAAAAAUGGGAAAACCCGGCCCAGAACACGGCCAGCCUGGAGCAGUUCGAGCGCAUCCGCACGCUGGGGACGGGCUCCUUCGGGCGUGUCAUGCUGGUGCGGCACCGGGAGACGGGGCACCACUACGCCAUGAAGAUCCUCGAUAAACAGAAGGUGGUGAAGCUGAAGCAGAUCGAGCACACGCUGAACGAGAAGCGGAUCCUUCAGGCCGUCACCUUCCCCUUCCUCGUGCGCCUCGAGUACUCCUUCAAGGACAACUCCAACCUGUACAUGGUGAUGGAGUAUCCCGGGGGGGAGAUGUUCUCCCACCUCCGCCGCAUCGGCCGCUUCAGCGAACCCCACGCCCGCUUCUACGCGGCCCAAAUCGUGCUGACCUUCGAGUACCUGCACGCGCUCGACCUCAUCUACCGCGACCUGAAACCCGAGAACCUGCUCAUCGACCAGCAGGGCUACAUCGAGGUGACAGAUUUCGGCUUCGCCAAGCGGGUGAAGGGCCGGACCUGGACGCUCUGCGGCACCCCCGAGUACCUGGCACCCGAAAUCAUCCUCAGCAAGGGGUACAAUAAGGCUGUGGACUGGUGGGCCCUGGGGGUCCUCAUCUACGAGAUGGCGGCCGGGUACCCCCCUUUCUUCGCCGACCAGCCCAUCCAGAUCUACGAGAAGAUCGUCUCGGGGAAGGUGCGGUUCCCCUCGCACUUCAGCUCGGACCUGAAGGACCUCCUGCGCAACCUGCUCCAGGUCGACCUGACCAAGCGCUUCGGGAACCUCCGCAACGGCGUCGCCGACAUCAAGGGUCACAAGUGGUUCUCCACCACCGACUGGAUCGCCAUCUACCAGCGCAAGGUGGAAGCCCCCUUCGUGCCCAAGUGCAAAGGCCCCGGCGACACCAGUAACUUCGACGAGUACGAGGAGGAGGAGAUCCGCGUCUCCCUCACCGACCGCUGCGCCAAGGAGUUCGCCGACUUCUAGGGGGGUGGGGGGCCCCCCAAAACCCCGGGGGGGGGGGGGCGAGGCGGGUGGAGGGCUUCAAACCCCCCCCCCCCCCCCUCCAGGGGGUAAAACACCCCCCGCCCCGGGGCGGGGGAACGACCUCGCAGCGGUGAGCAGCGGGGCUGCCGACCCCCGCCUGGCCGCGCUGCGCCCUGGGAGCGGGGGGGGGGGGCGUUUUGGGGGUGCCCCCCCCCCACCCGCUAUGGGGUAAUUUUGGGGUGCUCCCCCCCACACCCCGCCAUGGGGUAAUUUUGGGGGUGACCCCACCCCCGAGUACCCAAGGGGCCGCAUUUGCCCCCUCCCGGGGUAAUUCAGGGACUAGAUUUGUGUCCCCCCCCAGGGUAAUUUGGGGGGCUAGAUUUGCCCCCCCCCCCCGGGGUAAUUCAGGGGUUGUAUUUGCCCCCCUCGGGCUAAUAUUGGGGUGCGCUUGCACCCCCCGAUAAUAUAGGGGGAGGAUUUGCCCCCCCCCCAGUGGUAAGUGGGGUGUUUUACUACCCCUGGGGUAAUUUAUAGGUUGUAUUUAACCCCGGGGGGGGGCAAUUCAGAGCCCCCCCCAGGUUUGGGGGGGGGAAUCCCCCCCCGGGGUGAUUGGGGGGCAAUUUGCCCCCCCAAAGGGUAACUAAGGGGGGUAUUUUCCCCCCCAAAAGGGUAAUUAAGGGGGGUUUUGCCCCCCCCAGGGUAAUUAAGGGGGAGAGUUUGUCCCCCCCAGGGUAAUUCAGGGGUAAUUUGCCCCCCCCCCCCCCGGGGGCUCUGGGGGGUUAUUUGCCCCCAGGGGAUGCUGGGGGGGGGAGCCCCCCACUUUUACCCUCCAGGGGUCCCCCAACCCCCCUAUUUUUAACGGGGGAGGGGCAGGGUUUGACUGUCCUUCCCCUGCCCCCCCCCAUUUUAAGGUAAUGGUUUUAGCCCCAAAAUGUGAGGGGGUGGGGGGGGAGGGGGUGGGGGGCAGGAUUAGGGGCUCCCCGGAGGUGGGUAUGAUGGGGGGGGUCCCCAAAACCCCAGGGGGGGGCCCAACUCCCCCCCCAAGGUCUCUGUUGUAAAGAUAUUUGAGACAAAUCCAAUAAAAUUUUGUUUAAAAA